AUGAAUACCACCGCUACGCCUUCGGUUUAUGUUGCCAAUAAUAGUUAUGCAUUGCCUGGAAGUUACAUAGUCAGUGCGACCUGCGAAAAUGACUUCACGAAUGACACAUCGGAAAAGCCUCUCUUUGUGGAAGAACCACUGGCCGAUCUGCAAUUCAACACAACCGGGAAUGCCAGCGUCUUGGGUAAAUUGGGAACUGACGUCAUAGGUUCAGUGGGGUUCAACUUUUCUCAAGGGUCCAACCUACUGCCAGUCUGUAAAAUCGACGACAUCGACAUCUGCGGCAGCACUGUCGUCAUCGACAACACCACGAACACUGGCUACGUCACCUUUGUGCCGUCAUACUUUAGCAACUUCGGGUAUCACAUGAUCAACAUAACCCUUUUUAACUACAUUAGUUCCGAGAGCAUUGACUGCAUAAUAUUAUUCGAGGAAUACAUAACGAAUCUGGAACUGCAUGCCCCGGAGAUUGUGUUAGUGAAUACUUCAUUAGUGGUAGUCUCUACCGUGGAUUCUGGCAGCAACAUCGAUUACGAGUGGAUGAUGGCAGGGCUUAGUGACGCCUCUCUCUGGCUAAUGUGUUCAGGCAAUUACAGUAACAGUUCUUACACGCAGUUCAUAACGGAGUGUGGCAACGCCAGAGUUGAAGUUGUCGCUUCCAACGCGGUUGGAUUUGUUGAUGCCAGUCUCAAUUUCACAGUGCUAUCACCAGUCGAGGGAUUUAUCGCUAACUUGACAUCCGAUCGCCCCGGCGCAAAUCUAAAUCUGUACACAACUUCGUCUUUCUUACACCACAUGGGCAAUCUCUCAGUUGAAGUAACAGAUAAAUGGGAAACACUUACACGAGACAACCCAGAUCUUUUAAGCCUGUCCGAACCUUACACCUUACACUUGAAUCUAAAGCAAGGAGAGACUUCCCUUAACAUCACUAUCGCUUCUCCCGUAUCUCAUCAGAUCGUGCUUAUCGAUGCUAGUCUUUGGGAUCCUAUCAACGUCAGCUUGAAGACUGAUGCCACUUUCCUGACAGCAGGAGUCGAAUUCACGGUUGAAAUUUUGAAUACCACAGGCUGGGGAUGCAGUUAUGAAGUGAAUUUUGGGAAUGGGGAUAUUAGGUCUUAUUCAGAAAUUGGAAAUACUUUCUUAGAAAAUCACCUGAUACGUCAUACUUACACGGAUGCUGGAGUUUUCGACAUGGUAGUGAACGUUAGUAACGGGCGAUACUACCAAAUCCUACAAAAAUCGUUCAUGGUGUAUCAACCAGUACCAUAUUAUGAUAUUGACUGUGAUCCGUGGAUAACGAUACCUCCGGGCUCGAUGACUAUGGAGAUUACAGUGCACUCCACGUCGGUAAACCCUACAAAUACUUCUUGUUUCAUCUGUGGGCAGGAUUUGCCAAAUACGAGGGGAGACUGUGCGUUGAAUGUGAACGUAACAUGGGAAGAGGUGGACAGUGGUAAACUGUAUUUACAGCUGACGACCCCUGCGACCUACAACGUGUCCUUGGUCUGUUCUAACAUGAUUAGCAUCGAAGAACAAUUUUGCUUGUUGGACGCACAACAGUUCACUGCUGAUGAUUUUAUCAUCGACUACCCUCGUGCUGUGGGCUUUGGAAGCGCUGAUACUCAAGCGGAAGUUGUGUACACAAUCCAUCUGUUUCAGGACACCUAUAUACCUCCAAACGUCCAGUUCACUUGGACCUAUGACGAUGGUAACACUGAGGGCCCAGUCAACUUUACGGUUUGGGCGAUGAGCCAUUAUUUUGAAAGUAGAGGCACAUUCAAUUCAACUCUGGCCAUUCAGGUUUUCGAAGAUCCUGUUCGAGUUGUACCCCUUCCGGUGACUGUAGGAGUGUUAUCCGUGGAAACAAACCUUACUCUGGGCAACGUGUCCUCAGAUGUUCUAGGAUUGUUUAUCAGCGCUGACGCUCAAGGUGCUAACAUCACUUUUGAUAUUGACUUCGACGACGGCACAACUGAAAGCUGCUCGGAAACCGCUGUCGAGAAAACGCUAGUUCUAGUAAAAAGUAAAAUCUACUCAACGGCAGGUGUGUUCAGACCACGCGUCAUUGCUACAAGUGCAACUUUUCAAGAGGAAAUUUUGUUGGAUGAUGUUACCAUGCUGUGGCCUGUGCCCGACUUUAACCUGGAACUUCCGGUAGAAGUGGUUUAUCCCAGCGGUACGGGCGCUGUUGACCUGACCAUAACGGACGGCUCCCCCUCACCGACAAACGUCACCUGCGUGGUCCUCUACUCCGACGACAGUCCUCAGGACACCGUGACGCUGCCUGCUUCUUUUCAACACACCUACCACGAUUUAGGCCAGAUAACCGUGACAGCGAUUUGUACAAACGCCGUGUCGUCGAGAGAAGCCGAAAACGAAACAACCGUAACGAGCUCGUGCUUUGGACCUGGCCGGCCGUUCAUGGGUCAGACACAGGUAACAAAGCUAGUUUCAGAGCAAUUCAAACUGAAGGCAACAGUGGACAUACUCUGCAGGAAUCUAACCUCAGAGUUCCUCUGGAACGUAACACGUGAUGGAAUUUCAGUGCAAAUUUCUCAGCCGGGGAGCACUGUUUUGUCCAUCACUGCGCGGCAGUUCGAACCGGGUGAAUACAUCGUGGGGUUUUACACAAACUUUAGGGAACAACCUCUACUGUACCUUACGGACACAAUUACCAUGAGCAUCCUUCGAUCUCCUUUGUCUGUAAGCGUCAAAGGGGGAACGUCGAAGUCGGUGGGCACCACUCAAAGUGUCACUGUUGAUGCCGCUACAGAUUCAUACGACCCUGACAUCCCGCGAGGAAGCCCCCAAGGUCUGACGUUUGAGUGGACAUGCACCAAAGCCGAUGACCUAACUAUGGCCGAGGAACGUGCUUUGGCCGGUUCUCUGAACAGCUGCCCUGACUGUCUGAUCACAGGCGGAACAGGAAAGGUCACAGUUCCCCCGGGGUGUCUGGAGGUAAACAAAUGGCAUUCCUUGCGAGUUAAUGUUACCAAGGAUACCAGAAGCGCCGGCGCUUAUCAGAUCCUACAAAUAACGCCUGCCCCGACGCCUCAGCUGGAAAUAAGUUGUAGAGUUAAUUGCCUGGAGAGGAAGAACGCUGAGUUUUCCAUCACUCUGGAAAGCACUUGUCUAGACUGCUCUUUUGAGGACAUGUUGGCAGCCGAGCACCAGUGGACGUUAUACAGAAGAGUUAGCCUCCAGGAUCCCCCUGAAGAGGUGACAGAGUUGGGGAGCCUUACUUCAACAGGUGUAAACAUCUCCUCUAUCUCCAUCAAGCCGUACAGCUUAACUGACGGGUAUUUAUACGAGUUACAAUUGCACGUCUCCCAGAUUAAAGGCAAGUCUCCAGGCACAGUCACUGAGUCCUUCAGCAUGAACCAUCCACCUUAUGGAGGCACAUGUCAGGUGACGCCUCAAACAGGGCAGGCGGCUUUGGACAAGUUCCAGGUUUCUUGCAGCGGUUGGGUGGAUGAAGACACGAGAAUCGUAAGGUCAGCGUCGGACACGGGCGAUCGCCUCAUCUACCAGUACACAGUCACCUCAGGAAACGAAACCGGACUGAUGUACUCAGGGAAUAGCCGCAUGUCCCCUCCCACAGAGCUUAUAGUUGGGGAAGAGGAAAACAACUACAAUGUCGAGAUCACAGCACGAAUAUUUGACCCCUACAAUGGAAUGGCGCAGACGAAGGUGACUGUUAAGGAUAGCGGUUUGAACAACCUGGCCGAGGUCUCGUCAGUUCUGGAUGAUCUCAGCGUUGACUUAGCCCAGUCUGUGAAGGAGGGGGACAUCCAGAAAACAUCGCGCUUUAUCGAGAGUGCUUCUUCAGUCAUCAACACAUUGGAAACUGAGGGAUACAUUGGCUCCUUGGCGAAUGUGCUGAACCGCACAGAAGACGUAUCCCUAGAUACCGUCUUCUAUGUGACAAGUACCAUGGGAACUUUGGUUCAGCAACCGGACUAUGUCAGUGACGACGGUUUGGAAACAGCGAUGAGUGUGAUAACGGGACUAACGGAUCCAUUGGAAAAUCUGCUGACAGAAGAUCUUAGUGACACGCAAGUGGACGAAAUUCUCACUUCACUGCUGUCUUGCGUGGACAACAUGAUCGGGGUGGUAUUACCCGCAGUACCCAUAAUACCAACCGAGGUGGACAUGGACGUUGUGCGACAGCAGAUGAGCCUUAAGAACAGCUACCUACCAUCCGAUGCUCUAAGUGACGGAGAAAAGGCUAAAGAAAACGCCGAUCUCCAUGACAAUGAAAGAGCCUUUUUCCUGAUGAGGACAUACGAAGAAGAACAGUACGAGGCAAAGCACAAGCAAAAACUGGCAAAGAAAGCUACACAGCCACUGGAAAAUGCAAUCAACAAAGCCCUGGACAUGGCUUCCAAAUUUCUGGCUGUUGGUCAAGAACCCAAAGAUUUUAAAGAUGAAAGAAUGACGGCGAGUGUGGAGAAGCUUGACUUUAAGUCAUUUCUAGGAAGACGGACUGAACGAGAUGGAGUGCAGUUCAGUUUGGACAUGGGAAAUUUUGAAGCCAGAGAAAAUCCAGCAUUUACAUUUAAGACCACCAUUUUUCACAAGAAUCCAUUUGUGUGGGACGAGGACGGUGUGUCGUCCGGAGUGACUUCUGCAGCUUUCGUCAUGGAUUUCAGUGGAAAAGAAAAUGAUGUCGACAGUUUGAGCAACUUCACUGAAGUCAAAGUAAAACAAACUGUGUCAGUUCGCAACCGCGACCCAGUGACGUACACCACAGUGACGCCUCGCUUCAUACCCCUCGACCACGACAAACUCUUGUAUCACAAGAUAGAGCUGAAGUCGGUAGAUGACGCCAUCAUUCUGUUUUUGAUGUCAUCAAUACCGCACGUGAAAUAUGACGUUUACUUCCGGUCUGGAGAGUUUCCGACGUCCUCUGAAUAUGAUUAUAAGACAGAGAUUCCGCCGACUUCGACCCUGAACGGAAACACUAAGUUGAAGGUCAUGUGCCCUGAGCGAGGCCUGCCUAGAGCCGGAGCGGUCUAUGUUGGCCUGAGACCCUAUGAUCUAGGCGUCGUCAGUACCCGACAUAAGCGUGACACGGCGUCCUCAAACAACAGUACUAUAACAGCAGAUUACGGGUUCGGAGUGGGAACGGUGGGGUGUAAAACCUGGCAGGAUGAUACCUGGUCCACUCACACGUGCUCGGUGAGCAAAGACUCGUCUGAGACAUCGUCGGUAUGCGUCUGUGAGAAACCCUUCACCGAACGCUUUACUCUGGCAACGUCCUUUGUCGUUCCCGUGAAUAAAAUCGACUUCUCUACCGUGUUCACAAAAAUCGACUUGUUAAACAACGGCGCUGUGUUCGGUACGAUCAUAUCUCUUCUGGUUGUCUACGCUCUGCUAGCCGUCUGGGCGAGACAUAAAGACUGUGGGGACUUUGUGAAGUGGGGCAUCACACCGUUGGUUGACAAUGACCCCCGGGACCAGUACGUCUAUAUCAUCACGGUGACCACGGGCAUGAGGCCGGGGUCCGGAACAAAGUCACGUGUUGGAUUUGUCAUAUCGGGAGAAGACGAGGACUCCAGCAUCCGGGCCUUUUAUGACGGAAUCCGGGAUGAACAUCCUCGGCAAAGCGUUAUGAACUACCUGAUGACUGUCCCCUACCCCCUUGGGGACCUCAUGUAUAUCAGGGUGUGGCACGAUGAUACCGGGGAAGGAGACAAGGCAUCUUGGUUCCUGCACAAGAUCGUGGUGGAAGACAUUCAAAAGGACAAACGGUACAUCUUUCCUUGUGAACGGUGGUUGGCUGUGGACGAAGAUGACGGGAAAAUUGAGCGUACGCUACCGGUGUGUGGAAAGGACGAUCUAGUAACCUUCGGGAAUUUGUUCAACGACAACAUUCGUACAAAUAUCACCGACAGUCACCUUUGGCUUUCCGUGGUCAUGCGUCCCAACCAGAGCCACUUCACACGCCUCCAGCGACUCUCCUGUUGUCUAUCCCUGCUCUUUCUUACGAUGAUCGCCAGCGCCAUGUUUUAUAAAGCCGAAGACAAUGUUGUCCGUCCCGCCAUUGUUUCCGUGGGUUCAUUUAGAUUUUCACUACAGCAGAUUUACGUUUCUUUCAUCAGCAUUCUCAUCGUUACCCCUGUCAAUCUUGGCAUAGUUCUGAUGUUCAAGAAGUCCAAGCCUCACAGUAUGUCUAAAGCAUCUCCUCUAGACCGUCUCUUCGCAAAGUGCUGUCCCUCGCGGUUUCAACAACGCACAAAAUUGGCAGAAGUGAUGAUUAUCCAGCGCACGUACAGUCCGAAGGAGAAGAUGCUACCACACUCGUGCGUUUACUUGGCAUGGGGUUUACUCUUUCUGUCCGUGGCUGUCCCCGCCUUCUUCUUGUUCCUCUACAGCCAAGAGUGGGGCAGCACCAAGUCUGAUGAGUGGCUGACAGCCUUCAUACUAUCGUUCUUUGAGUCGCUCAUUGUACUAGACCCUAUCAAGGUACUUUUGCUAACGGUGAUCUUGUCGGUGCUUUUCCGGAAACCUAAAGACGACAACGGUGCAGAGUUAGACAAAGACGAGCUGGAGAAAAGCAACGUUAAAGAAGGUUGUAAUGAAGAUAAUGAAACAGGUUCCACUAAACACUCACGGGGCCCGCUGGAAGAGGAAGCUGUCAAGAUAUCUCAGAAUGCACGCCGGGAAGAGAGAACAGCGUUUGGAAUCGUCAAGGAAGUCACCUUGUACACAAUAUUUCUUUUCGUUAUUUUCACGAUCGGCUACGCUAACAGAGACAUGCGCAGUCACGCUUUAAGGGAAAAUAUCUACAAGAUGAUGGUCAAAAUGCAGAUGGAUAAACGUCUUGGACUUGAAAAUGUUAAAUCGAGCAGACAUUAUUUUGAAUGGCUGAACAAAACUGCGUUCCCAGCGUUGUUUGAGGAGAAUCAUUACGAGGGUACGAGACGGCACUGGAGGGAUAGACACUACCUCCGGGAUCUUCAGAACUAUCGAGUGGGUCCACCACGACUACGCCAAGUGCGAUCCUUAGACAUAAAGCCUUGUAAAAUCCCAUACAUGGGACAUAUGCCAUGCAUGAAGACAUAUGACUUUUUCCAUGAGGACACUAAUAGUUACUGCGUCGGAUGGAAAAGCAUGCCAUGUCCGGAACGGGAAUCUAUUGACACCUUCACGAGCGAUUCUUGGAAAUUUACGUCCUCUUUGGAUAUCUGGGGCAUACCAGUCUGGGGAGCUUUAAACGUGUACAAUGGCGGGGGAUAUAUCAGUGAGAUGAGUGUCAACUAUCAGGUUUCCAGCACAAUGUUAAAAGAACAAAUCGACCAUCUGUGGCUGGAUCGACAAACCCGAGCUAUUUCUUUGGAAUUCACUCUGUACAACCCCAGCGUUAAUUUGUUCUGCUACGUGACCAUGCUUGCUGAGUUCCCAGAAACCGGGGGAGCACUGACGUCAGCACUGGUUCAGCCGUUCAGAGCUUACAAUCACGUCGGGGCUCUAGGGGUCUACAUCUUGUUUAACGAGAUAAUCUUUCUCUUAUAUCUUUUGGGUGCAAGUUUAAAACUCCUGAGGUCAAUCCGCAAACAGAAGAAACAGUUCUUCAAAUCUUUCUGGAAUGUCGUGGACAUGGCUACCGUACUCACAUGCUACGUCAGUAUUGCCAUGUACGUAGGCAGGCUACUUAUGGUAGACGCAGCCGUGGAAAAGUUUAACAAGGACCAUGGGAAGUUCGUAAACUUCCAGCACAUAACGUUUUGGGAUGAGCUACUAGUGUGCAUAACAGGUCUCAUAUGUUUCUUUUGCACCAUUCGGAUGAUAAAGAUUCUGGGCUAUAACCAGCGUAUCAGCAGCAUAACGUCCGUCAUAAAACGAGCUUCUAGUGAUCUGAUGUCGUUUUCUGUGAUGUUCUCGAUUAUGUUUCUGGGCUUUGCCUUGUUGGGCUAUCAGCUAUUUGGUCGCUCACUUACUGCAUACAGCACCUUUUUUACCACUAUCGCGACACUUAUAUCAAGCAUGAUCGGCAAGACCCCGUUUGACGAGAUGAGGCGCACUGAACCCGUCUUGGCUCAAAUCUACUUUGCCUUCUUCGUGUUCUUUAUGGUCUUUAUCCUUCUGACAAUGUUUUUGUCCAUCCUCAACGAGAGCAUCACAUCAAUCCGCAAAGAAGACAUGGCGGAUGCAAAACGCCACAGAGUCUUGGAAAUCCUAAUCACAAAGUUCAAAGAAACCUUCGGACUGUUCAAAAUCCCACCUAAAACCACUAAUCCGGGAGAGGCGUAUAAAGAUCUGCCAGUAUCGUCGGUGGCCGCAAAGUUGCAAGCCGACUCUGAAUUUGCUUUGAAAGUUUUGGCGUUCGACGGGAACAAUACGGGGAAAUUGGGAAAACCGGUAACUGGCUCUUUUACAACUCUAAGUAACAACAAAGAUGACGAACCCAUCCUUAGUCAUCAGGUGAACUAG